AUGGGCAAGGUUAACAAGCCUCAACUAUCUUUGUCAAGGUUGAUCAAGUAUACCAAGGGGAAGGAAGGUAAACCUGUUGUGGUUGUGGGUACUGUAACUGAUGAUAUCCGUGUGUAUGAUGUUCCAGCCAUCAAAGUCACCGCACUUAGGUUUACAGAGACUGCAAGGGCAAGAAUUGAAAAGGCUGGUGGAGAAUGCUUGACAUUCGAUCAGUUACCUCUUAGGGCCCCUUUGGGACAAAACACGGUUCUUCUUAGAGGUCCAAAGAAUGCUCGUGAAGCAGUCAAGCACUUUGGUUGUGCUCCUGGUGUUCCACACAGCCACACCAAACCGUAUGUGAGAGCAAAGGGAAGGAAGUUUGAGAAGGCCAGAGGAAAGAGGAACAGUCGAGGAUUUAGAGUUUGA